CCUCCAUUGCACUCACCCGCCCCCCCAAGAUGGGCUGUUUAGGGAACAGCAAGACUGAGGAUCAGCGCAACGAGGAAAAGGCGCAGCGAGAGGCCAACAAGAAGAUCGAGAAGCAGCUGCAGAAGGACAAACAGGUCUACAGGGCCACGCACAGGCUCCUCUUGCUGGGUGCUGGUGAAUCUGGUAAAAGCACAAUUGUCAAGCAAAUGCGGAUCUUGCACGUCAAUGGAUUUAAUGCAGAGGAGAAAAAAAUGAAAAUUCAAGAUAUUAAAAAUAAUAUUAAAGAAGCUAUAGAGACAAUAGUAACAGCGAUGGGAAACCUGGCACCACCAGUUGAACUAGCUAAUGCAGAGAAUCAGUUUCGAAUUGAUUAUAUAUUAAACUUAGCAAAUCAGAUAGAUUUUGACUUCCCACUGAUGUAUAAACACUCCAGUGGAUGUGCAUGUUUUCCAAAGAAAUCGAAGCAGUCCCGAUUUGAAGUGAUGAAAAUGGCGGAGGAAUUCUAUGAACAUACAAAAACACUUUGGCAAGAUGAAGGUGUGAAAGCGUGCUAUGAAAGAUCUAAUGAAUAUCAAUUGAUUGACUGUGCUCAGUAUUUCCUAGACAAGAUUGACAUAGUCAAGCAAAAUGAUUAUACACCAUCUGACCAGGACCUUCUUAGAUGCAGAGUUCUGACAUCAGGAAUAUUUGAAACCAAGUUUCAAGUCGACAAAGUAAAUUUCCAUAUGUUUGAUGUUGGUGGGCAAAGAGAUGAACGUCGAAAAUGGAUCCAGUGUUUCAAUGAUGUAACUGCUAUAAUAUUUGUGGUAGCCAGCAGUAGCUAUAACAUGGUUAUAAGAGAAGACAAUCAGACCAACCGGCUUCAAGAAGCAUUAAACCUCUUCAAAAGUAUCUGGAACAACAGGUGGCUACGGACCAUUUCAGUUAUUCUUUUCCUGAACAAACAAGAUUUGCUAGCAGAGAAAGUUUUGGCAGGCAAAUCAAAAAUUGAAGAUUACUUUCCAGAAUUUGCUCGUUACACAACCCCAGAAGAUGCAACACCAGAACCUGGCGAGGAUCCUAGAGUUACAAGGGCCAAGUAUUUUAUUAGAGAUGAAUUUCUU